AUGGACGUGACUCCGUCUUCGCCUCUCGCAAGGCUCCAACGCCUGGGCCUGCUGUCCCUGGCGGCGCUCUCUCUCGGCGGCGUAGUGCUCAUCCUCUUAUCACUCAACGCGAUCGCCAACUUCCGCAUCGGCAGUGGCCUCAGCGUGCAGACUUGGGUCGCGUUACUCGGUAUUUGCUUCGGUGCCAUCUCCUACGGAACGGGCGAUGCAUACACCCACUUCUUCGACUGGUGGUGCUCCCGACAGGCCACGGCGCAGCAAGGCCUCGACUACGCUCGCUACCUGAACUCGCAACCCAGGGCCCCGACGAACAUCGGCUUUCGCGGGCUCCCACGCCUCGUCUUCGGACGGUACGUUGUCGCGCUGCUUACCGUCAUCACGUCGAUAGGAUAUAAGUUCGGCAUCUCGGAGGUGUCCAUCUCGACCAUUAUGGCCCUUGCGCCUGAGGACAUUGUUCUGCGACUCCCUCCCGUCGACGGGUUCCAGAACGGCACCCUCAGCCCCUGGUUCAGCGACACGCCUGGCGGCGGGGACAACCAGGCCUUUCACCACAUGAUCCUCGGCAACCAGAUCGCGAUCCCCAGGGGAAUUUUCAUGGUCGGUUGA